AUGACGCCAUUCCAUAUCCUGUGCUCUUGUGCCGAGCCUCGCCGAGAUUUGUUGCAAGCGCUGUUACAAAAGUACCCAUCCCAUGUUCUUGGUUGGAAAGAUACCAACGGCAAGCGAGCCAUGGACUAUCUCGCAAUUAAUUGGACUCCUGAAACGGCAUCUUUACUUCAGAUGGCCCUCCAAUUCUGGAUGCUCCAUCCAAUCCAACGGUGGGGCGCCACAGCAUGGUUCAGUGAUAUGGAAGAUAAAGUGAAUGCUAUCCUUGUGAAUGAUCACAAGGACAACAGAGCAGGUUUGUUGAGGAAAGCUUGCUCCAAAAUGGAUGACCAUCGAAGGAACGAAAGCAUGACGAUAUUGGAGCUGGCCAUGUGGAACAAAGCGCUUGGAUCCUUGGUACGACGGAAUUCCAGCAUUUCUCGACGACAUCUUGUUCUAAACACAUGUGGGUCGAGUUGUGUGCUCUCAAACGUGGCUCCUUUCUUGGGCUUUGAUUCGGAUUAUUAG